AUGGGACACAACCUCACUGCAUCCCAAAUGGAUCUAGACCUGGAGAACAUCUUUCAGGAACCUGAAAGUUUUCGUCCUGAACCUCCCAAGGAAAGCUUUGUGGAUUAUGAAAGGGUUGAUAAUAAGGGCAUAAUCAAUCUACGGUUAGUGGGAGCUUCACCUUUAUGGGGUCAUCUGCUGUGGAAUGCAGGCAAGUAUACUGCCAACUAUCUGGACCAGCAUCCAGAGCUUUAUCGGGACAAGAAUGUUCUGGAGCUUGGAGCAGCGGCAGCGUUACCUUCAUUAAUCUGCGGAUUGAAUGGUGCUGCCAAAGUUGUUUCUACAGAUUAUCCGGAUCCUGAUCUUUUGUACAAUAUUCAGUAUAAUGUCGAUCACUGCGCUUCCAAAAAGAACAUAGUAGUAAAGGGAUAUAUUUGGGGGAACGACUACGAAGAGCUGCAAAAAGAAGUAAAUGGUGAGAAGUUUGAUCUUAUCAUUUUAAGUGAUGUUGUUUUCAAUCAUACAGAGCAUCUAAAGUUAUUAAGAACUACCAAAGAUCUUCUAGCAAAAGAUGGUCGCUGCUUUGUUGUGUUCUCUCCUCAUAGGCCACACUUACUUGAUCAAGAUUUAAAAUUCUUCGACAUUGCUGAAGAGCAAUUUCAGUUUAAAGUGGAUCGGCACGAACUGGUCAACUGGAAGCCUAUGUUUGAAGAAGAUGAGGAAACGGUAGAAAUCAGAUCCAGAAUAUAUUCAUAUUUUUUGACACUAUAA